AUGAAGACGCCGAGCUUGUCCUUUACUAUUCUAGCGUUGCUUGCUUCAAUUGUGACAUUGGUUGUUGGAUUUGAUCCGGGGUCAUUUCGUCUUAUCGAUCCAAUAUUCUCCCCAUUGAAUACAACCAAGAAGUUCACUAUCACCGCUGGGAUCGAGACAUACUAUCACACCAUCAACUUUAUAUUAGAAAACAACGAUGAUCUCGUAUCACCAGACGUACAAAUCCGGUAUCCCGAUGUCCACCAACAUGCCAAUGGUGCAGUUGCCCUGCCAAAUACCCCAGUUCGGUUUACAAAAGGGUCAGUCUGGAUACAAGAAACUCCUAAGGGGAAUCGAGAAAAUGUCGGAUGGGCAAGACUUGCCGUGAUCCAGGAUGGAGAAAGCCUGCUCUUCGAUGGAGCAUUCACAAUGAUGGGUUUGCAGUAUGCCAUUGUCCUCGAGACCCUCGAUGAUGGGUCUACUGAGAUAAUAGCCCGCCAACACGAAUCCGCAUUCUCAGGCAGAUCGUUAUCCCCCUCGCUAUGCGCAACUGCCCCCGAAACACACUUGGAUAAGCGACAGAUUUGGAAUGCCUGGAACGAGAAUCUCGCAUCAACAAUCGGCAAUACAUACGGUUGUCCGAACACGAGAGAGAUUGCGUAUAUCGGUAUAAUCACGGAUUGUACUUAUACUGCAAGUUUCAACUCCUCCGACUCUGCCCAUCGAUAUAUCCUGAAUAUGGUCAAUACAGCAUCCGUGGUCUUUGAGAAUAGUUUUAAUAUCUCUCUUGCCAUACAGAAUCUAACGAUUAGUGACGCUGAAUGUCCAAGCAGUACCUCGGGCAGGACUGCGUGGAAUGUCCCAUGCUCUCAGGGAGAUCUCAACACACGUCUUCAGACCUUUUCGUCGUGGCGAAGCUCUGUGAAUGACCGGAAUGCAUAUUGGACCCUAUUGACUGGGUGCUCGGUUUCUGCUGGGGAAAUCGGGGUAUCGUGGAUUGGAGCACUAUGCAAUACAGGAUCUGGCUCUAGAAAUGGUGGCGCCAGUGCUAAUGUCGUCGCACGAACACAGAAUGAGUGGCAGGUCUUUGCAAAGCCACGAGUCGGCCCAUACAUUCGGAGCAGUUCACGACUGCACUUCAAGUACAUGUGGAAGUGCCUCGACACAAUGCUGUCCAUCCUCAUCAAAUACCUGUGA